GCCAUCAAUUAUUUCUGCCUGAGGCGGUGCAGCCAUUUCGAAGGUGAUGAACUUCUGUGGAGUUUAGUUCAAUCAGAAGGAGAUUGGUGGAUGGGUGUCUGGCUUUAUAAAGAAAGAUGGAGCGUGGGCGGGGUAGUUCCUCUUCGUCUUACUACAAGACUAUGUAAGUUUCCUGUUAAAUACAACCAGCGACUUUGCAGCUGCUUAUGGGUUGUGUUUGUGCCUGAGGCAUUAAGGGCGGGCUUGGUGCUACUUGGUUGGGGGUGGGAUGUUUGGUGGAGGAUGAUUGUAGUAAAUGGAUUUACUUUCAGGUAGACACACUCGAUGUAUCAAGCACAGCUCGGUUUGAAGCGCAGAUAAUGUCCCUUUUUCAUGUACAA